AUGACAACAUCUCGAACGAACAAGUAUACUGAACCACGUAUACGUCGAAAUGUUGGGUCACAUGAAAUGUUUGAUAAUGAUACCGAUCAAUAUGAAUUAGAUAGUAAGUACUAUGUAUUUAUGAUUAUUACGAUAUUAUUUGUUUUUGCCGACGGUGCAUCCAACAAUUAUUGUACACCCCAAUUGCAACGUCGUCGUCCAUGUGCACAAUCAUGGACACAGCCUACAACUCCUGCUUCGAAGCUUCAACGCAUUCUUUAA